GUUUUGCAAAUGAUGUUAACAUUAUUACAGCAGUUGUCAGUCCCUGGUAGCUCAAUCUGGGAAUUAAACUUCAGAAUAAAUCUGUAUAUUGCAGUAAGUGGAAUAUUUUGGUGCUCUGUACAUACUAUGCUUGAAAGGGAAUGAGGAAAUAUUUUCAUCCAAGUUAUCUGUCUGUACAUGCUUUCAUGCUGAUAGCUGCAAGAUUACCAAGCAGGAAAAUAAAAAUGGGUAUACAGUCAGUUGACAUUUAAGAGCUCAUGUUACAAUUACAUGAUAUGAAAUGUUGGGCAAAGAUGUUGUUUCUCAACCAAUUCAUUAAAUACUAAGCAGAACAAUUGUGCAUUUUUUUAACAAGUAAAUAUUUGAAGGAAACUUAAGUUGUUAAAUGUCUUAUAACAUGAACCAGCAUUAGACCUGGUGGUGUGUUACUUCCUAAAAAUGUCUGCUGUUUUCUCUGAGAUAGGACUUUGAUCUGAUUUCCUUUUCCGCUGCACAACCUCAUUGAAGCAGCUGUCGUCACUGCCUACAACUAUACUGAGGUACACUCCUAAUAUAAAAUGCAGUAUCUCUAAACUAGUGUUGCAACCUGUUUGUUAUAGCAUUCAUCUAACUCUCUGACCAAGCGGCAAAUCCUGAUUAAGCCACUCUAUUUCCACAAGCUGUUUAGAAGUUUUUGACUUCUAUAUAUUAAUCUGGAUUAACGUCUGUUGGCUUUAUGUGUAGGGCUGAAGAGCUUUGGACAGUAUGGUGAGGUGGUUCCAUCCGAAUAUAACAGGGAUUGAAGCAGAACAGCUCUUAUUAUGUCGAGGAGUUCAUGGGAGUUUCCUAGCUCGGCCCAGCAAAAGCAACCCGGGUGACUUCACUUUAUCAAUUAGGCGAAAUGCUGAAGUAACGCACAUAAAGAUUCAGAACUCAGGUGACUAUUAUGAUCUUUAUGGAGGAGAAAAGUUUGCAACGUUGGCAGAGUUGGUUCAACAUUACACAGAGCAAGAAGGUCUUCUACGAGAGAAAAAUGGAGAUGUGAUUGAACUGAAGUACCCCCUGAACUGCCGAGAUCCAACAUCUGAAAGGUGGUAUCAUGGACAUCUGUCAGGUAAAGAUGCUGAAAAACUUCUGACUGAUAAAGGAAAACCUGGAAGUUUCCUGGUGCGAGAAAGUCUCAGUAAACCAGGGGAUUUUGUCCUUUCAGUGCUAACCAAUGAAGAAAAAGUUGAAAAUGGAGAUCGCAAACCAAGAGUGACACAUGUGAUGAUUGGGUAUCAGGCUGGAAAAUAUGAUGUUGGUGGAGGCGAAAGAUUUGAUACCCUUACUGAUCUGGUGGAACACUACAAAAAAAACCCAAUGGUGGAAGUUUCUGGUAUUGUCGUUCACCUUAAACAGCCAUUUAAUGCCACAAGGAUAAAUGCUGCAAACAUAGAGAAUCGGGUGAAAGAGCUCAAUAAAACAGCAGAUAACACAGAAAAGGCCAAACAAGGUUUCUGGGAAGAGUUUGAGCUCCUUCAGCAACAAGAACAUAAACUACUGUAUAGCAGGAAGGAAGGCCAGAGAAUAGAGAACAAAAACAAAAACAGAUACAAAAAUAUUCUACCAUUUGAUAAUACCAGAGUUAGCCUGAAGGAAGUCGAUGAAAGUGUAGUGGGAGCUGAUUAUAUCAAUGCUAAUGAUAUCACAAAUGGAAAAAGUGGAGAUGACUGUAAAAACUACAUUGCAACGCAAGGCUGCCUUCAGAAUACCAUCAAUGAUUUUUGGAAGAUGAUUUAUCAGGAAAAUGCCCAUGUCAUUGUCAUGACAACCAAAGAAAUAGAAAGAGGAAAGAAUAAAUGCGUUCGCUACUGGCCAGAUUUGGAAACUUCAAAAGAGUAUGGCUUGAUUUCAGUGCGGAAUCUGGAAGAACGCAUGGCACAAGAUUACAUUGUACGAGACUUGGAGGUCACACGAAUAGACCAGAAUGUCCUUCCUCGGCACAUAUGGCAUUAUCAGUAUCUCAGCUGGCCUGACCAUGGGGUUCCCAAUGAACCAGGAGGAGUGUUGAGUUUCCUGGACCAAGUAAACAGAGCACAGCAGAGUAUUCCAGACAUGGGACCUAUUAUAGUGCACUGCAGUGCUGGCAUUGGGAGAACAGGAACCAUAAUUGUCAUAGAUAUGUUAAUAUCUGACAUCAGUAGACAAGGUUUGGACUGUGAUAUAGACAUCCCAAAAACUAUCCAAAUAGUACGGAAACAAAGAUCAGGAAUGGUACAAACUGAGGCUCAGUAUAAGUUCAUAUACAUGGCUGUACAACAAUAUAUUGAAACUGUUCAGAGAAGACUACAGGAAGAACAGAAAAACAAAACUAAGGACCGAGAGUAUUCUAAUAUCCGAUAUCUUCCUACGGAGGUGAAGACCAAAAGACAAGCAGGCACAUCUCGUGAUUUUUCAUUGUCAAAAGAAGAAUCAUCCUGUCUUUAUGAAAAUUUAAACAUCAAAACUUCUAAAGCAUCAGGAGGCAGCAAUGCAAAAAGAUAAAAGCACCAAGUGAACUGGCUGCUAUUUCCUCUGUUUACAUAAAGCUUCGGCCUGCACCUGCAUUGACGAUUGUUCAACCACAGCUUGUCUCUGGAUCCCUGUGCUCUGCACUUCCGUGAACCAAAUGCCUGAAGAAAA